UUCUGGAAGAGGUGCCAGUGUGGGCUGGACCUGGCUGCUUGUUUCUUCUGUCACACUUUGCUUUGUGCUUUGAGAUGAGAGAGGAGAGAUGCAGAAUGGCACGCUGAGGUUACAGUUGCACAAUUAUUUAUUCGCAGCUCUUAUGGAGAGGGAGCAACAGAGGAGGUUGAAGUGGUGUCUGAAGUCUGUUUAUUUUGGGGGUGUUUCUUCUUCCACAUGCCCCGACCCAGGAUGUCCCCGUUUUGAUGGGGUGAAUGUGGGAAGGCUGCUGGGAGCUCAUGCGUGUGUUCCAAAUGCCCCCUGCCCCAGGGCAGUGAACCGUUCUGCCACUCUCUGGCAUCUGGGAGCAACCCUGUAGGAAGCAACCAGUGACUGCUUUCUCUACGCAGCCACUGCUGUCAUGGUCACCUGGUGGUGAGUGAAUUCACAUUCACCAACUUCUGUUGUGCAUCCCCCGUGUGACAGGAAGAAGGGGGCCCCAGCAGACGUAAUCAGCUGUUCCCCAUGGCAUCUGGGAACCAGACCGCUGUGACCCUCUUCAUCCUGCAGAGCUUCACCGACGACCCCUGGCUCCGGGCUGCCCUCUUCUGCCUCUUCUUGGCCCUGUUUGCCGUGGCCCUAGCUGGCAAUGGGCUGAUUAUUGCUGCCAUCCGCUGCAGCCCCAACCUCCACACCCCCAUGUACUUCUUCCUGGUCAACCUGGCCAUGCUGGACAUGAUCUGCACCCUGUCCAUCCUCCCCAAGGUCCUGCAGAGCCUGGUCGGUGAGAGCACCAUCACCUUCUGGGGCUGCUUCAGCCAGAUGUUCUUUUUCACCUGGUCGCUGAGCUCAGAGCUGCUUCUCUUCACCGCCAUGGCCUACGACCGCUACCUGGCCAUCUGCCGCCCUCUGCAUUAUGGCACCCUGAUGAGCGGGAAGGUCUGCCUCACCCUGGCCGUCUUUGUGUGGUCCACAGGGACACUCACUGCCUUCGUGCUCACGGGCCUGGUGCUGCGUCUGUCCUUCUGUGGCCCCCAGCUAAUUGCACACUUCUUCUGUGAGAUACCACCAGUGCUGCUGCUCUCCUGCAGCCCAACUUUCAUCAUUGAUGUAAUUACCAUCACCACUGACAUGUUCCUCUCCGGGAUGAACUUCCUGCUCACCAUGACUUCCUAUGGCUUCAUCAUUGCCAGCAUCCUGCGUAUCCGCUCAGCAGAGGGCAAGCGGAGGGCCUUCUCCACCUGCUCCUCCCACCUCGUGGUGGUCUCUGUGUACUACUCCACCGUGCUCUACACCUACAUCCGCCCGGGCCUGGGGUCUGCUGGGCUCCUGGACAAGGCUGUUGCCGUUCUGUAUACCAUUGUGACUCCCACUCUCAACCCCCUUAUUUACACCCUGAGAAACAAGGAAUUCAAAGCAUCCCUUAGAAAACUCUUGCUGUUCUUCACCAAGUGACUCGUGAAGAGGAUGCAAAAGGUCUGAACUUCAGAAGCAAUGGGACCACAGCCUGAGAAAUCCCCCUCAUCUUUGUCCAAAUGGCUCUGUAUGUAGAAGGUGGUCACUCUUUGUACUUUACUUAAGAGUGAUUCAUUAGCCUUAAAUGUUUGCUGAGCCUUGAAGCAAUGCUUGCACAGUAAUAGAAUAACCAUUCGCACAUUCAGUUCUCUUCACCACUAAAAUAUUUCUUAGACUCAUUUAAUCAAAUCCCACUGUUUGCUAAAGCACAAAUACAGGUGCAUUUAAAUGUAUGUCUGUUUAAAUGUCUCAGGCCACACAAGCAAUAAAACAUGGGCAAAUUGUCACAGUGAUGACACACAUGCUACACCAUACUUGAACCUGCUGUAAGAUUCUUGGUGUCAUAGGUAUGGUUGCCUUUUCAUCUUUUCCAUUUUAUUUCAUAUUUAUCAGGGGCUUCAUUCACUGCGUAGUCCUGAAAAGGAAAACUACCCUUAGCAACCAGAAGUGUCGCCAGUCUGAGCUUCCCACCCUCUGAUUUUUUGGACCCAGGUCUGAUGGCAAUGCCCAGGAUGUUCAGGCCCAAGCAACCAGCCUCUUCCUAGGGCUGCUUCUUGCCAGGGGCUCGCUGUCUUCCUGGCUUUGGCAGGAGGUUUUGUGCUCCAUGACUGUCCUGUGUGACAAGCUACAUGUGAUAUGUGAUGUCAGCACAACUCCUGCCCCCAUCAGGUCUGGACGCCUUGGCCUCACUGCAGACACGUAGACAUAGUGUGGGUCACAUUAGCUUUCUGGGUCUCUCUUUGGCACAUCUGGCUGUGGAAAACUCUUGUAUAUCUAAAUCCCUAUGAAAUAAAACUACCUUAA